AUGACAGCUGUAGAGUGUCCUCGACCACUUCAGGCAAUCUUCCCCUCAUCGACACCGAUCCAGACCCAAAGACCAGGCCGUCGCGCUAAUGGAUACAAGAAAAUCCGAUGGAAGAAGUACGACCCCAGCAGGAAGUCGCCCACUUCGAAUCCCGAUCUUUUCGUACAGUGGAAGCCGCCAUCAUCGUCACCAGAUGCAGACCAAGAGGAGCGCAUCGAUCAUCAUGGGGGACAGAAGGACAUUGAAUCGAGAGCUGCACCACAAUCAGAAGCACGCCAGCCCGGAGCCUUGACGCAUAUCUCGCCAGUCGAGCCUCUGCCAUUCAAUGGCACCCGCAUGGAUCCGUUCCUGGCACUGCCCAUCAAAACGACCGAAACGGUCCAAGACACCAUGGACUACUUCAUCACAAUCUGCAAAGGGACCAACACUGAUAAGUCGGUGUUCUCCGGCGCUGUCAACCCUCACCUGUCCCUCCUCCUGCCGUACGCGUUGAAACAUGCCAUUCUGUUCGAGUCAAUCAUCUCGGUCUGUCGGGCUUCUAUACUCAUAUCGCUCGGUCGACCGAUAUGGGAAGAUUAUGCCUUUGUGCAACACCGCGGCAGUACCAUCGCCCGGUUGAACGCCAAGCUGAAGACCAACCAGGCUACCGAUAACGCGGCCAUACUGACGGUCACGAUGCUCAUGACCCUUGAGUAUCUCUGCGGCAACCAAAGAGGCGUCCUGAUGCAUUGCAAAGGGCUGGAGAGGAUGCUGGACCUGCGUGGCCCACUCGAGGACGACGAACAACCUGGCACGGAGUCGGAAUGGCUCAAGUUUGUCAAGCUCGGCCUCACAGUCUACAAGGCGCUGGGAUCAUUCGUGACGGGACAAGCACCAGAGGCACCGCGCGACUCGGUCGCCUACCUCAGCGAAACGUUUCAAGAACUCCAACUCGACCAGCCGCUCUCGUACCCAGAAACCCCCUUCUCGCCGGACGUAUGCAUCAUCCUGUCGCGGCUGCCGUCUGGCCUCUCGGAACUGUGCUUGACGUCCCAUAUCUCCAUCCAGAUGAUAAAGCUCUUGGCGUCCAUCUCGGCUGCUACGACGCUGCUCGCAACCGAACCCGUCGCGUACAACAAUCUGCCCAUCGACACCUGGCCACCGUCACCAUCCUCCUCCGAGGAGCAAAAUCCGUCCCACUUGGACGAACAGCGCAAACAGCUCAUGAUCCAGACGAUCCUUUCGUCCCUGCAGCGCAUGUCUCUCACGACCAACACGCCAAUCGAGUACCAUCUCACGUCGGGCCUGCUAUCCUUCCUCUUCCAGCUGCGUGAUCUCGGCCCCAUCAAUCUGUUCUACGACCCGAUCCUGCGCAAGUUCAUCACCACCCUGCCCACUCACACGAAACCCACGUCCCAGCCGGAACAGAGCUGUCUCAUCUGGGCGAGCAUGGCCGUGGCAGGGACAUUGGCCCUACGUGUCGUCCCCAUGCCGGAUUCGCAUUUAGUCAUGGAUCACUGCCUGGAACUGUACCCGCAGGCCCGACAUUGGGCGCGACUGGACAAGAUCCUGCGCACGUACUUUUUCACAGAGGAGCUCGGCGCGCAUUGGCGUCGAGUAUGGGAGUCCGCGAUGAACAGGCGGGGAUUUCUCCUCCGCCAGCGUCGCCAGCAGGCGACCUACAUGGAUGCCGACUUGGACUUCAAUGACGUAAACGGCGGCGGUCACGAUGAGCAGGCCGCCAGUCCGGACCGGAUCCCCAAACAGCUGUCCGCCGAGUCGGCGGCCCCUGGUUUUGAUAUGGAUUCCCCGGCUAUAAGAGCGCAUGUGCAGCAGCACAUCGCUGGGGCGCCACGCAGUAUGAUCGAGAUGUCUCAGGCCAUGGGGCUAUGUCCUUUGUGGUCGCGGUGGGCGAGCGCAGGAGGCGGUCGUUCCACUGCGGGACGUACUUCUGGGCUUACGGGUACGGCCGCGACGGCCCCGAGCCCCCAGAGUGUGAGCACGCCCGGGCCAACCAUCACUUGA